AUGUCAAGAACAACAUCAUUCAAAUUAGUGCUUUUAGGAGAAUCAGCAGUAGGAAAAUCAUCACUGGUACUUCGAUUUGUCAGAAAUGAGUUUUCAGAUUUCAGGUGGCUAUGCUUACCUUUUGUCUGGUCAUAUUGGUAUUUGGGUGAUUUAGCCGCUUUCUUAACUCAAACUGUGUCUCUGGAUGAGAACGUCUCAAUCAAGUUCGAGAUAUGGGAUACUGCCGGACAAGAAAGAUACAAAUCACUUGCUCCGAUAUAUUUCAGAAAUUCAAAUGCUGCGGUCAUAGUAUACGAUAUAACUCAAGCAUCGUUUGAGAAAGCAAAAUCAUGGGUCAGGGAACUACAACGUCAAGCAGAUCCAUCAAUUGUCAUCAUGUUAGUAGGCAAUAAACUAGAUUUGGAAUCUCAACGUAAAACACCAAGGGAGAUGGGAGAGAGAUUCGCUGAAGAAGAAGGAUUACUAUUCGCUGAAGCUAGCGCAAAAUCCGGUGAUGGGGUAGAAGAGUUGUUCAUGGAUAUCGCUAAGAAACUACCUCUUGCACCACCACCUCAACGAGGUACUCAAUCGGGACCUAGAGGAGUGAAAGUGGCAGGAAAUCAAGAAGAGACUUCCACUCCAUCAGCUUGUACUUGUUAA